AUGACAGGAGGUGAGAGGACAGAAUGUAAAAGUUCCAUUCUUUUUUUUCCUUCAGGGAAUGGAUUGUUUGGACAUGAUGGAAUACAAAUCCGUACUUGCACUGCGCUCAAAGGCAGGUGCUUCUUCGGUUGCAGAGUGGGAUGGACUUGGGUUUCAUUCUGUCACAACAUAUUGUCUUGUGUAAAAAUGUUGAAAAAUAAUCCUCCCCAGGUCGAUGAGUAUUGA